AACUGCUUUCCCCCCCCCAAAGCGACAAGCCCCAGGAGUGAUGACUGUGGCCAUCGCUUUUUCUUACUCAUCCGAAUCCCAACAAACGAGACUGCUAAUCGUCAACGUGCGCCUGAGACAAAAGUCGUGACGGAUAACCGGGCAGAAAGAAGAGCCAUACGAAGAUGCAUCCCCACCUUAGCAAUGAUUCCAAGCAGCUGGCCUGCGCUAGCAUUAUUCAAGCGCUCGAGGAUUGCCACAAGCAAGGACUGAUGACCAAGAUGUCUGGCAAGUGCAACCCUAUCAAGGAUGAGCUGAUUCAGUGUCUGCGCAAAGAACGUUUGGAGCGAACAGCAAAACAUGUUCAGAAAGGCAAAGAGCGGAGAAGGAAGACCGAAGAGAUCUGGCGCGAGAUUGAUGGAGACAAAUGAAGGCUGCUUUGAUUUGGAACGGGUCCUAUAAACAGUUUCAACUCAUCCUUUGCCCUGCCCCAUUUUCGAGAAAGGGUAGCUUUGGCAGCGGCAUGCGAGUACAUUCCUAAUGGUGGUACUCUAUGGCUUUGCUCUUUCGACUCGCGCAGCCAACCAAAGGAGCUGAGCUGCGGGAAAAACAAG